AUGUCUGCCAUAUCUGCUUUAUGUGCAGAUACAACAACAACGAACAGUAGUGCAUCAGCUCCCGUGGCUAGUUCACCAUCACCUCUGACACAACCCGCCAACGAUUUGAUAGCCAUGGCCGUAGAACAUGGAAACUCGGAUCCGGGUGACUCGGCUUCUCCGCCACUGUUGUUUAAAACGCUCACAUCCACGCACUCGCCGCAAACACAACUCAACAGUUCCACGGCUACUACACCAGUCACACGGGCUGUGCUUGAUUUCCACAGUUUGGCCGCAUUUAUCCGUGAAACUCAAAAACAGUGCUCGUCACGAUCUACACCGACCACCCCGCUUGAGUUGCCACUCAAUUCUGUUUUUCCUGUCUCUGGUACUGUUACCACAUCCGAACCGAGUCAAACCACAUUACCUUGUGCCAGGGAAUCACGACCGUGCUCUCCGCCCCGACUGACUUACGCACCCGCAUCAGUUAUAACCACCUCCACUGAAGCACUCUCUCCGUCCCCGCCUUGUCCUCAGUCAGUUUCGGGCGAAGCACUGCUUAUCACGGAUGCUUUGUCCACAGAUGGGCACAAUAUGGCCGUGGAUUCGGCAUCCGGGGCGUCUCAAGCACCCACUGCGUUCAUCUCAUUACAACCUGCAGCUGGGUCGAUUCUCAGCUCUUCAGAUUUACAACAGCUGAUGGCUAGUGGAGAGUUUAUGUCAUCCGCUGCUCGGCAAACAUUAUUAGGCCAGUCACCCGACGGAUCAACGCGCCAGCUCUAUCUAUUAGUCCCAAGUGAUUGUCCCGUAAUCAUGUCCCGCGCCUCGGCCAAUCAACCAGGGUCAACUACAUUAACAUCUGCCUCAUCCCCUCUCCUUAACUCAACCGGAGCUAGUACUGCACCCAUUCUAGAAGCCAUUUCCCCUGGUGUUGAACCAGAUGAGUCGUGCGAUCCACUACCUCCAACUCUGUCACAUAACCACACACCAACUGGCGCUAAUACACCUCAGUCGGUUCAUGUGGCACUUCCGGCCCAGUUAGCUGGUGCUGUACUGGCUCCAAUGAGCUCGGCCACCACGACGGCACUAUCAACACUAAUCGCUGGAUUGGAGGUGCGCAGUCAACCAUCUCAACAAUCGCGGUACACAAAUCCUGUCACAGCACCCGUUACCUGGUCCACAAAUACAGAACGAGCCACUGUUCAGACUACCGACUCCGUUUUGCCCAAUUCGCCCCGAGUGCGCCUUCCGUUAAAUAUUCCGGGAGUCACUAUUUCCGAAUCAGGACACUUGUUGUCUACAGAUCAGUCGUCUGUUUAUACCAAUGCACCGACCGUCAAUGGGGUCAGCUCGUUACUGGGGGCCAUCAAAUCGGAUCCGGAUAUGUACACACCAAACGGGCAUCCCUAUGCCUCAUUAGUGGAAGAUGUUACACGAUUUCGAUCGUAUCCGGCCUACGCACAGUCGGGAAACCACCAAGUUCCGAUUGCUUCAGUGCGAGCCGCUCCUAUUCCCGCGGCCUCCAGUGCCGGAGCGACCAAUACGGUGUUCUUCCAACAAGAUCUUCCCGCCUCCUUACUGUUAUCUCCAGCCCAGUCUACACUUGUGUCUACAGCAGUUAGCACAGGUGGUCCCACUAUUGCUGGGGACGCAUCAAUCGUGAAUAGUGCGAACACCAACAGCAGCACUAAUCCGGGUAAUACCAACGGGGGGACUAGUAACGGUGGACAUUUGAUUCAAUCAAACACACUGUCACGUACAAAUCCAGCCUUCCAGACGGUGUCAGCGGCUGCUGUUUCAUCUGCUGCUUCAUCUGGAGCAUCAUCUGUUGCUAGUGUUGCUGCAGCCUCACCUUCAAACUUGUUGCCAUCAAAUGGGAAAAGCAAUGGUCAACUAGACGAUUGCCGUCGGAACAUGACUGGAACCCUCCUGUCCGCUGCGGCUGCUGCUGCCGCUGCAGCAGCUGCUUCAACUAACGCACCAACUGCUGGUGGGCGUACAGAUCCAGGACCAACUGCUUUCUUGGAACACUUGAAUCCCGAGUCGAAAGAUAUACGACGUCGAGUCAGUCAUAAUGAAGUUGAACGAAGACGCCGGGAUCGUAUCAACACUUGGAUUAGUGAAUUGCACAAAUUGCUGCCUCCGGACGAACAAGCUAAAUCACACUAUCAGAGCAAAGGUGUGGUGCUCAAACGAGUUUGUGAAUACUUCCAAAAUAUGGAUAGCAUGCUAAAAGCAGCCAACGUAGCUGCGGAACAGGAGCUGCAGCCGCUGCUGUUCGCCUGCGACANACCCCGGGCUACCGGUCUUCUGCACUCAGAUGAAGCAGCUGUGAACGGUGCUGGUGGUGUAGACACAGUCGCGACCAUUAAGGAUUCUGUCGAUCCUGCUGGUGCUGGUGCAGAAUAUCCGACUUCCGUAACUGUGUUCACGGUUGGAGCUAAUGCCGACUAUGGGACUGGAAAUGUGAGUUCAGGUAGCAACGGCCCUGGUACGGGUACAGUGACUCACACCGCCAGUUUCGCUCAAGCGCCCUUGUUAACGACUGUUCCCUUACCAAACAGUGCAGGAGCUGGAAACGGGUUCACUUCUAAUGUUGCAAACAACAACGGAUCUGGUGCACCUAAUCCGUCAAGUACUGCUCCUGGCGCGGCCACGGCUACAACUGUAUUCGUUUCGGCCCCGGGUGCUGGAACUGGUCCAGUUUUAUUAAACCCGAACGCCGGUCGACCACCAACUCUAACUUUGCCCAGCCUAGAUAUGGUAGCCAAUCAUUCGGAUUCCCGUACAGAAUGA